AUGGCAGGUCAACAGCAACAGAUCAUUGAGACUAUCUUCAACAUGAAGAGAAGGCUUCUCAGGAAUGAUGACUCCUCCGACUCUGAGGAGCCCGAUUCACCUUACAACAACCGAAUGCAGAACCUGAAGCGCAAGGCACAAUAUGCUCGCCCUGGCAGACCAGAAACGUCGUCCGACCCCCCUCCCUACAAAAAGCGCAUUGAGCAUGCCGGAUAUCACAGAUAUAUCCUCCAGCGCAACCCACCUCGAUUCGAUCCUGACGGCGACAUCGUGGAGCACAACGACGAGUACGACGAUGAGGAUGACCUGUCGACCGUUGAAGAAAACCCAUAUGCGGAUAUCAAGCUUGAAGAAAUACUCAUGCCCUUAACAUCAGCUGCCGACCUCGCUACGCAUCCUGCAAUGAGCAUUCCCUAUACCUCGAAACACCUUACAAACCUAACAAAUGAGGCUGCCGCGAUCUCUCGUAAAGAACGAGUGGCCGUGUGGCGUGCGAAGAACCUCUUUACUCAAUUCUUAGGCGACAUCUCCUACGUGCCCACGGGAUUGACAGAUCUUGACGCUGGCGAACCUUUGAAGGACUCAAUUUCAGAGAACGCAUUGGGAUCGAGGCCUGAACUGACAAACGGUGAGACUCAAGAUAAGUCACAGGCGAUCCAACAAGCUGCUGCAGAGAAACAAGGACAAACAAAUGGCGAGGACGUGCACAUGAAGGAUGCAGGCGAAAUCAACGGCGACGCGUCCCACCCUUCAGAAAGUCGCAACCCUGAAGAUGCGGGCGGACCGAGUGUUCAGAACGAAAAUCAGAACGGCGAGCCUUCAACGAAUGGAGAUCGACGAGGCGCAAGCGGAGUGACAAGACAAAAUGGUGUAGACCGCGCAGCCACUCCCAAUGACGAAGACGUCUCUGAUACUGCCUCGCAACAAAACGGAAUAACAACUCGAGCGGCUGUCCAAGGACCUUCAGAUCAGUCAACUCCAAGCUCUCCCUCUGGAUCUACCCACAUUCACCCGCUCUUCUCGUUCUCGACAGAGUCAAUACCCGAUCGCGAUCUCGGUCUCCCAGCCAACGAAGCAGAAGACACACGAUUCCUUCUGCUCGCGUUCGUACAGAAACAAGAAGAGCUCUCGCGAACCGCGACAGAUUUAUACAUGGGAAUGCUGCAGGGAGAGCGGAUGAGGCAGGAGGUCUACAAAUCUGCAAAGGCUGAAGCUCACGUCGGAGAAAUGAGCGACGGCGAAGAUUGGUACGAUCAGGACGAAUGGGAACUAGAACAAAGCCUGCUUAAAGGGCGGGAUGAGGAGGAAGAUGACACGGCGGUCGCUGGCAAGAAAUCCACCAGGCAACGUCGCAAGCCUGACAAGGAGGAUCGAUGA